CCAGGGAAAGCAGAGGCCGGUGGCAGGAGAUGAGCCCGGCGGCGCGGCAUGGACGAGAGCAAACCCCUCAAGAUCCGGCUGACUUUCUCUGUCAUCCUGGUCGGUGUCUCGCUGCUCUUCGCCGCCGUGGUGAGCGACCACUGGGCCGUGCUGAGCCCCAAGGUGGAGGUGUACAAUGCCACGUGCGAAGCGGCGCACUUCGGCCUCUGGCGCCUCUGCACCAAGCGGAUUUACGUGCAGGAGCCAAGCGCCCACGAGAAGGGCUGCGGGCCGAUCAGCUUGCCAGGAGCUCACAACUGCUCCUACUUUAAGCACUUCACUCCGGGAGAGAGCUCAGAGAUAUUUGAAGUAACCACACAGAAAGAAUACAGCAUUUCAGCUGCAGCCAUUGCCAUCUUCAGUGUUGGCUUUGCAAUCAUCGGAACAAUCUGCAUCCUUUUCUCCUUCAGGAAAAAGAGUGACUAUCUGCUGAAGCCAGCUUCCAUGUUCUACACCUUUGCAGGUCUCUGCAUCAUCAUCUCUGUUGAAGUCAUGAGGCAAUCUGUGAAAAGGAUGAUUGACAGUGAGGAGACCGUCUGGAUUGAGUACAGUUACUCCUGGUCUUUUGCCUGUGCCUGUGCCUCCUUCAUCCUGCUCUUCAUCUGUGGAAUUAUUCUCCUCCUGAUUGCCUUGCCUCGCUUCCCCCAGAACCCCUGGGAGACCUGUAUGGAUGCAGAACCAGAGCACUAAUGCUCCCAUCACCCAGCCUUGCUUAAAAAGCCAGAAAGCGUUCGGAAAAAAUACGUAUUUUUUAAAAUGUCUGGAUACCAUUGUACCAUGUGCCCUGCCACUCCAUUAACUAAGUCAUUACUGAACCAAUUCAAUUACAAAUAUUACUUUCUUUCAAUUUUUCUAAGAAAGGAGA